AUGGCUUCCAAAUGCAUAAGUGACUGUGUAAACGUCGAAAAUGAUGCCACUGGGGGCCGGCCGGGUACAACUUUAGCCAAAAUUCACAAGUGGCCAGCUGCAGAGGUGGAGUUCAUACAGUCAAUCAGCCACGGAGGUAGCCAGGGUCGUACCACAGCGAUUGAGAGCAUAUCUUGUAGACAAAUGUACCUUAGGAGCUAUACGUUCUCAAGAAAAGAGGAAAACGAGGACAGUGAUCGAAGAUGUUUUAGAGGAUGUAGGAAGAAGGUUGCGAAAAAAUGUACGAGGAGUAAAACCACAUCACGUAGGGCGUUGGUGGUCAGAUUUUUAAAGAAAUAUUUGCUUUGUAGUAACCCUAAUAAGAUUAAUGCUAAUGAGUGA